CUCCUUACAUGUGUCACAGAAAAGAAAUCGGUUCAACGAAGAUAAGGGUUCGGGACAUGUAUUCUUCCUUUUUUAAACAUUAUUUUAACGACAAGGCUUCCACUCUUAGCUGCUAAUCUGAAAUACAAGAUUUUUUACCUUUAUUAUCGAAAACAAUAAAAACUUCCUAUUCGCGAAGUAUCAAUUAUUUUUUAUUUUAAUUUUUCAGGGAUAUCAUGUUUAUGAUCAAUUGGUUUUGGGAUGCUUUAGGAUGGCUGGGUCUUUCGCAUAAACGAGCUAAAAUUCUUUUUCUUGGUUUAGAUAACGCAGGAAAAACCACUUUGUUACAUAUGCUUAAGGAUGAUCGCAUCUCAACCCAUGUUCCGACUUUGCAUCCACAUUCUGAAGAAUUGUUAAUUGGAAAUAUUCGAUUUAAAACAUUUGAUUUAGGAGGGCAUGAAACAGCUCGUCGUAUUUGGAAAGAUUAUCUAACAACUAUAGAUGCCGUAGUUUUCCUUGUUGACGCGGCAGAUCGAACUCGUUUUGAUGAAGCUGCGGAAGAAUUACGCGGUUUGCUUGAAUCCGAGGAAUUAGCAACGGUUCCGUUUGUUGUAUUAGGAAACAAAAUAGAUUUAUGUCAAGCUGCAUCAGAGGAUGAGCUUCGUCAUGCCCUUGGACUUUACUCGAAUAUCACGUAUAGACGUUCCGUAAGUCUUUUUUUUUUUUAUUCAAGCAAAACUUUGAAUGAAUUCUCUUAUUUUUGUUUACAGAAUAAAGGCGAAUCUGGUUUACGACCUGUUGAGCUCUUUAUGGUUAGCGUUGUCAAGCGAAGCGGAUAUGCUGAAGGAUUUAAAUGGCUGUCUCAAUUUUUAAGCUAGUCGAAACUAAACAAAAAAAAUUUUUCACUGAUUUUUUACUAGAAAUAAAAAGGUGAGAUUGUCUCGAGUCACACUAAACAUUUACUUGAGUAGGAGGAAGUAAAAAUUUGUGUAUAGCAUUCUAAUGAAAAAACAAAUAAUUUUGACAUUUUGUUUAAACGUUUCUGUACAUAAGAAAACAUCUCACGACUUAUGAUCUUGAAUAAAUGAUGUGGAAUUUUAAUGUGAUUUUUUACAAGUAAACACAUUCGGGAGUUGCUCCUUUUGAAUGAAAUGUAAAACAAAUUUUAGUUUUAAAGUAACCUUCAAUGAAAUUGAACAUUAAUUUUUUAUUAUGUUUUCAUAAUAUUUUCAUUCAACAAAUAACGUCAUUUAUACUUCCUAAUCCUUUUCAAAUCGCUCACUCCAAUUCAACAUAUGUUGACCUUCACUUUAAACGAAAAAUAUCGACAAGAAUGCGGUGGACACCUUUGAAUUUUUCAGUGUUUCAGCAAAAUAAACACAAUGAGUUCAACGAUUCAAAUGUAUGUGUUUUGCAUAUGAACAGUGUUGAUUCGACAAUCACCUUACAUACACCAUUAACUAUCAAUGUUUCGGAAACCAUUUUAACCAAAUUGUUAAUGAAUAAUCAACCAACAUGGUUUUUAUAUUCAUUAGAUACAUUUAGUUCCAAUGAAGAAGCUAUGUGGACAGUGUCAAGUACAAGUUCUUGUGGACCCUCCAGUGACAUUUUUUUAGGAGGUCAUUGCAAAUUAGGCGGUACUUCUAGUGUCCAGAGAUCUUACACGAAUUUGUUACCUCACAAAAACGUUCGUUUAACUGCGCGUGUUCACUUUCUUGAUGAAUGGUUAGGGGAAUCCUUACUAGUCAUGGUGGAUCAAGUGAUUCGUUGGUCAAAAACGAAUCAAUGGUGUCAUGAAGUUUUAACCACGCAGUGUUUAAAAAAAGGCUUAGAUAUAUGUGGUAACACAUAUCCUGAUUUACUAUCAACCAAAGUUGACGUUUCUUUUCCCCAUUCCCAUUCUAAUUUAACAGUGAAAUUUUUUUCAACUCUUCAAGAAAACAGAAAAGCUUGCGAGGUAUCUUGGGGAAUUGAUGAUGUUGCUGUGUAUUUAAUGAACUAGCCAAUUAUCGUUAAAGAAAAAAUCGUUUUAAUUUUUUUUUUUGUAUAAUUUUCUAGUGCUAUUUUGCAUUGACAGAAAGAAAAUGAACGUAGGAAAAAGUUGAUUCCAUCUUUUUAA